AUGCCCCAGCACGACAGAUCGACCCAGCGCUCGAGCUCGAUCUUCACAGACCGCUCACGGGCGUCUACCCCCUCUCCGACGAGCUCGAGCAUGGACCCCUUCUUCAAUGACGACUCCAGACCCCCCAUUAUUCUGGGGAUAUGCGCAAUGGACAACAAGGCGCGCUCAAAGGCCAUGCGUGAAAUAUUGACGCGCAUCGUCGACCGGGCGCGGGGAGGGAUCGAGGUCAAGGUGUUCGGGGAUAAAGUUAUAUUGGACGAAGAUGUCGAGAACUGGCCGCGAUGCGACGUGCUUAUUUCUUUCUUUUCGACGGACUUCCCCUUGGACAAAGCAAUUUCAUACGUCGAGUUACGACAACCAUUCUGUAUCAACGACCUCGUGCCCCAGGCUCUUCUAUGGGAUCGCCGACUUGUGGGGAACGUCCUCGACCACUUGCAAGUCCCUACUCCUAAGCGCAUUGAAGUUUCGCGAGAUGGUGGCGCCAAAGUGGAUGAUACGCUGAAGCGGUACAUCAAAGGGAAACUGGGCAUAGAACUGGGCGGAUUCCGCGUUACCCCUGAGGUCACCAUGCGCGAGGAUGGAGAUGCGAUUAUCGUCGACGGACAGGUCCUCGAGAAGCCUUUUGUCGAAAAGCCUGUCAGUGGGGAAGACCACAACGUCUACAUAUAUUUCCGCGGUGGAGGCGGUCGCAGGCUGUUCAGGAAGGUUGGGAACAAGAGCAGUGAGCUAGACUCUACGCUCAACCAACCUCGCACGGACGGAUCAUACAUCUAUGAGCAAUUCAUCGACGUCGACAACUCCGAGGACAUCAAGGUCUACACAGUAGGCAAGGACUUCACGCACGCGGAAACGCGCAAGUCGCCUGUCGUCGAUGGAGUGGUGCGCCGCAAUACUGAGGGCAAGGAGAUCCGCUUCAUCACGCGUCUAAACGACGAGGAGAAGAAGUGGGCAGGAAAGAUAUGCGAAGGGUUCGGACAGAGGGUGUGCGGCUACGACAUGCUCCGCUGCGAUAAUGGAACUAGAAGCCAGGUCAUCGACGUGAACGGAUGGAGCUUCGUGAAAAGCAACGAGACGUACUAUGACCGUGCAGCUGAGAUACUGACCGGCCUCUGCCUGCAAGCCGUGUCCUCGCCCAAGCGUUCGCUCACAUAUUCCGAGGGCAUACGACAAGAGGCACCGACAUGGUUGCUCAAGGCCAACGUCACCGUCUUCCGCCACGCCGACCGGACGCCGAAGCAGAAGCUCAAGUUCAGCUUCCCGAUCGGGGAGGAGUGGACGCAGCCGUUCAUCACGCUGCUUAACGGCGAACGGGAAGAGAUCAUCCUGCGCGAGCAGGAGCUGCACCGCGUCGCCACGGCGGUAGAGGAGGCGCAGGCGUUGGGUGCGACGGGCGAGGACUUUACGAAGCUAACGACGCUAAGGACAGCGCUCUUUAAUAAGAUCAAUCUGCCUGGCACAAAGGCCCAGUUGAAGCCGGUAUACGCGAAGAAGCAGGCGGGGCAGGCGCGCAAGCUUGCCAAGCUCACGUUGGUAUUUAAGUGGGGCGGCGAGUUCACGCACUCGGCUCGGUAUCAGUCGCGCGAUUUGGGAGAAAACAUGAAGAAGGACAUUUCCAUCAUGAACAAGGACGCCCUUAACAACGUGAAGAUCUAUACCUCUUCGGAGCGGCGAGUCAUCGCAUCCGCCGAGAUCUUCGCUGCGGCGCUGGUCGAGCCGCAGGCCAGCGCAUUUCCAACGUCUGCCGCUCCUUCGACGGUCCCCAGUAGUCGCUCCUCAUUUGAUGGGAGUGUCACGGGCCAACCAACGCUCAGUCACAAGCCCUCAGUGCCCCUCAAGGAGUCGCUCAAGCUCAUCAUCCGCAAGGACUUGUUGGACGACUCCAAUGCCGCCAAAGAUUUGAUGGACGAUGUGAAGAAGCGCUUGAAGAUUCUGCUCCGCCCAGGCGAGCCCGAAAAGCGCCCAGAGCUCACAUGGCCAAAGAGCAUGAAGAAGGAGCCAGUAGAAGUAGUAAAGGAAGUGAUAGAGCUCAUGUCGUCUUUCCGCGACACCAUGCGGAAAAACUACGAGACCAUGGACGUGGACAAGAUCCAAGAUCGCUGGUGCUGCGGUGACGCUCCUCUACUUUUCCGUGAACGUUGGGAGAAGCUCUUUGAGGACUUCUGCGACGUCAAGCAGGAGAAAUUCGACCCUUCACGCGUCUCCGAGCUAUAUGACACAAUCAAGUACUGCGCGCUACAUCACCGGCAGUUCCUCUUCCGCAUCUUCAGCGAUGAGAAUCUGUCCGACAACGCGGAGUCGCGAGAUCGCAGACUGCACGAACUGUACUCUCGCGCGAAGGCACUCUUCGAUCUUGUCGCACCACAGGAGUACGGCAUCGAACCAGACGAGAAGGAGGAGAUCGGUGUGCUCACGUCGCUCCCGCUCUUGAGAAAGGUUGUCGAGGACCUGGAAGAAGCUCGCAACCAUGGUGGUAGCUCUCUCACCUGCUACUUCACCAAGGAGAGCCACAUUCACACGUUGGUCAACCUGGUCCUUCAUUCCGGCCUGCCAAUAGCGAACAGGCGAAUUCCUGAACUAGACUACGCGUCCCACAUCACCUUCGAGCUGUAUGAACGCAAUCAUGGGCGCGGGAAAUCGGAUAAAGAGUAUUCGAUCAAGCUGUCUCUCAGCGAAGGCGCACAUUCGUCAAACGUACUCGAUUCGGCUCUUGACGCGAGGCACUCGCUCAAUGUUCAGCCUCGCAAGAAGCUCACUCAGCACCUCCCGUAUGCCCUGGUGAUCGAACGAUUGUCAAAGCAUUUUGACCGCAACAUCGGAGACACCGACUCUGAUGCUCCCAUAACUAUCGAAACACUGUCUACCCCAAUUGCCAAUGACAGUACCAUAGACUUCCCUUAA